AUGGUAGGGUUCGCGUCGUCGGCACUGUUCCUGUGGGGCGGGUCGUGUGGUGGCGCGCCGUGGCUGGUGUCGGGUGGAGCCGCCAUUGCCUUGGUCAGCGCAUUGCUGAUGGCCUGCCUUUAUAUCGGUGCGGUCGCUUCCCUUGCCGCCUAUGCGCCUUACACCUGGCUUUACACCGACAUAGUUCUGUCGACCGGGUUGGGCAUCUUGUUGCUGGUGAGCGCAAUUCUCAGCAUGACCUUCUGCGACAUGGCAGGAGUUGUUGACUACGCACACGGACCUCUGGCCAUUGUGAAUGCGGGCAUGAUAACUGGAAGCGCUGUGAUAACGUAUGUGUCAGUGAUGCAGCGCUUGGACUCCUCCAGAGGACCGGGACGAGAACCCCAGCCCUCGCAACCCACUGAGCACGAAGUUUAA